AGUACUAAUAUUUUUCGGAAAAAUCUAAGAAUCAUCUAACAUAUACUUACAAUUUGUCAGAAACACAAACAGAUAAAACGUAAACAAAUAAAUUUUGUCUCCCCGCCAUUUAAAAUCGCUUUUCCGGUGGAAUUUUCUCCGGAACGCUGUCGUUUUCUCGCAAUUCAAAUUUUCAUCGGGAUAAUGGCGGAAACUUCCUCCUUAUGUUAAUCUUUGAAUUCAAAUCCCACAAUGAGAGGCUCGUUUUGUGCUGACGAUUCUAACGAUCCAUCGACCUCCAAAUCCAAUCCUCCAAAAUCACGCCGCCACAGCGGUAGUGAUAAUAGUUAUAAGAAUGUGUGCGGAUUGCUCGCACGACGAGAAGUUUGCCCACGUGCUAAGCACACAUCUAAAAAGUUAUGGAGAGAAUGUACCGAUCAGCGUUUCAAUUUUGAAUCCGAUGCAAGGCGCGGUCUGAUUUCUUGGGUUGAGGAGGAAUCGUUGCUGCAUUUAUCGGCUAAGUAUUGUCCGUUGCUACCGCCUCCGAGAUCGACUAUAGCUGCUGCCUUUAGCUCUGAUGGGAAAACCAUUGCUUCUACACAUGGGGAUCAUACUGUUAAGAUUAUAGAUUGUCUAACUGGAAAGUGCUUAAAGGUCUUGAGUGGUCAUCGGAGGACACCUUGGGUGGUUAGGUUUCAUCCCUUGUGUCCAGAGAUACUAGCAAGUGGAAGCUUGGAUCAUGAAGUUCGCUUAUGGAAUGCAAAAACUGCGGAGUGUAUAGGAUCUCGUGACUUCUCCCGUCCAAUUGCUUCAAUUGCUUUUCAUGCUCGUGGGGAGAUUCUUGCUGUAGCUUCUGGUCAUAAGCUGUACAUGUGGCAAUAUAACAAAAGAGUCGAGACAUCCUCACCACCUCAUGUGCUGAGGACACGUCGUUCGCUUCGUGCUGUGCAUUUUCAUCCACAUGGUGCUCCAUUCCUUUUAACAGCAGAGGUAAAUGACCUUGACUCAUCAGAAUCCCCAAUGACACUUGCAACUUCUCCAGGGCACUUGUGUUAUCCUCCGCCUACUCUAUAUUUGGCAGAUACUCAUUCUAGUGGUCACCUCAGUUUAGGAGAUGAACUACCUUUGUCCUUGCCCUUUUUGAUAUCAUUUGCUAGAGGGGGUAGAAUACCUGUGCAGCAAAUUGAUAGAGCUUCUGGGUCAAGUAGUUCACAACAAAGACUUGAUCAACCCACUUCUGUGCGGCUUCUGACAUAUUCAACACCAUCAGGGCAGUAUGAACUUCUUUUGUCUCCAAUUGAACCAAAUAGCUCAUCUCCUGUUCCUGAAGAUACAAGGAAUGAUUCUUCGGUUGACAGCAUGGACAAUGGAACUCCUCAUUUUGUAAUGGAUACAAUAGAGACUGCAGAAGUGCAGAGUACAGGAAGAAACAAUCACAUCUUGCCCAUUGGUGAUCAACUGCGCUGGGAAGUUCCUUUCUUGCAUGGAUGGUUAGUUGGUCAAAACCAAGGAGGGCGCGCUACAAUGGAUGCACAUAAUACUUCAGCUAAUGAGAGUUUAAUGGCAUUUGAUGAUGAAAAUCAUAUGUUGUCUGCUGUAAUUCUUGCCAGUAUUGGUCAAUCUAGGGGUAAUGCAAGAUCAAGUCUACAUAAUCAAUCUUCACGAUCUCAGACGAUCCCUAUGACUGGCUCUGUUGGAACUACUGCUUUUGAUAGCUCUUCGUAUGGUGAAAAUGAUGUUGUUCCUGCUGCUAGCAGAAUCCAAUCUGAACUUGCUACAUCUCUAGCUGCUGCUGCUGCCGCAGAGUUACCUUGCACUGUCAAGUUAAAAAUUUGGCCAUUUAAUGAAAAACAUCCUUUCACUGUUCUUGAUGCUGAGCAGUGUCGCUUAACUGUACCACAUGCUGUACUUUGCAGUGAAAUGGGUGCCCAUUUUUCACCUUGUGGGAGAUUUUUUGCUGCCUGUGUUGCAUGCGUGCUGCCUCAUCUGGAAGCUGAUCCUGGCUUACAUGGCCAGGUGUUCCAUGAUAAUGCAGGGGUCGCAACAUCUCCGACACGCCAUCCAAUUUCAACUCAUCAAGUUAUCUAUGAGUUCCGCAUAUAUUCCCUUGAGGAGGCAACAUUUGGUUUGGUGCUAUCAUCCCGGGCAAUAAGAGCUGCUCACUGCUUAACUUCAAUUCAGUUCUCUCCCACAUCUGAGCACGUAUUGCUUGCAUACGGUCGUCGCCAUGGUUCACUACUAAAAAGUGCUGUCAUUGACAGGGAGACAACAGUUCCAAUUUAUACUAUUCUUGAGGUCUACCGAGUUUCCGAUAUGGAACUUGUAACAGUCCUUCCUAGUGUAGAGGAUGAAGUUAAUGUCGCAUGCUUUCAUCCCUCAGUUGGAGGUGGGCUCGUGUACGGGACUAAGGAAGGGAAGCUUAGAAUACUCCAAUAUGAUAGAUCUUAUAGCACAAAGUAUACGUCCUCCUCUGUACUUGACGAGUGUGUGCUUGAGGAAGAAGCAAUGACAAAUGUUCCAACGUUUGCUUUAGAGUGCUGAUUAGUAAUUCUUGGAUAUCUUGUGAGGCUUCCGCUCUCAAAUGGUGAGAAUGUGUCAUCGUGCGUACAAUUAUUAUUUACUUGAGCUGUUGAAGAAAUUAGGACUGUGCUUUCUCCAACAAAUCAAAUACAGUAUCUUCCGAUCCAAGCCACAGUUAGGGUUGUAUAUUUAUAGAAGCAUUAUCAUGAGAGUGGCGUUAUUUAUAAUUAGGUUGUAAUCAUGUCCAGUUGUAUUUGAACACUUGUUCGUAUAGCAACACUGGCAAAAAAAAGGAAAAAAAUAGAAGAAAGAAAAGAGAUUCCAGAUCCUAAAUAGAUUGUUGGGUUAUGAUAUUUUUUUUUUGAUAUGGAAAUUGGAACCAUAUUUAUUACUUACUGAAAUUCGGUUUUA